AAAAAGUCAGUCUUAGCAAGAUGGCCGGCCGGACGAGUUCGGCCUUUUGUUAUUGCGCCCUUAUAUUUUACCUGUUUUUCCUCACCGGUUCGAAUAACGGUGAAAGAUUUGGUGAUAAACCAAAGACCUUACACAUCUACAAGGAUAACGAGUCUCUACAUUCAAGGAAGACUAUUAUUAUCAAUAAAGAUACCUUUAACGAAAACGAUAAUGGAGAAACGUCAUACCAUCAACGAACGCGCAGAAGUGACGAAUCACGAAAUCUAAACAAGCCAAAUAUUACUGUCAAGGUAAACGCAUUAAAUGAUUCUCAUCAACAAUUGAUGGUGCAUUGGGUCGGUGAAGGAUCAAAUGUGAUAAUAUGUCUAGCAAAAGACAGUACUCCUUUAUUACGGAUGCAAGAAAGUAAUCCUAGCGCUGUGUAUAUAAGUUAUGACUAUGGAGAUACGUUUGAGAAUAAGACUGAACAAUUCAGAGUUUCUUAUGAAUACAAUGCACGAUAUGCUACUUUAGAUAAAUUUACUAAUCAUCCAAAGAACUAUCAAUAUUGCAUUUUUGUGGACAGUACAAACAGCUUAAUAUUCAUUACGAGGAAUAAUGGUAGAACUAUUAGAAGAGUACCCGUUCCGUUUCAUCCAAGUGAAAUUUCAUAUUGCGAGUCAGAUCCACGUGUUGUAUUAAUAUUAGACAAAAUUGAUCCUAUGAGACAGUUAUGGUUAUCAAAAGAUUAUGGAUUUAAAUGGGUAUCCAUACAAACAUACGUAAAAGCAUUUUUCUGGUCGUCACAAUGCACCAUAUUAGUCGAACGUACAGAACCAUCUGGGUCUAAUACUGUCAUACGAGCAAAGUAUGAAGAUGUAUUACUUCAUGGAAGAAUGGAAAUACAUGAUGAGUUGUUACAUGAUUUGCAACCCCGAUUAUCUCUUUUGUCGCAUCACCACAAAGGAAAUCCAACUCAGACAGGAGGGAAUCAUGCAGGAGACUAUAAUGUUGUAAUCCAAAAUGUUGAAGAUUUUCAAAUCAAGGGAGAUUAUAUGUUUGCAACAUCAAAAUCUUCUAAGAACGGUUCUUCGGAUAAUUUAGAUUUAUAUGUCUCUUACAAAAAUCAAAAAUUUGUAUUAGCUCAGUUUAAUACUGAGUUGGAUCGUAAAAAUUAUCAUAUUGCAGAUGUAGCAAAUAAUAGAGUCUUCGUUGCAGUUGCUCACAGUGAUACCAUGGUAAAUCUUUAUAUAUCGGAAGUAAUUAAUCAUAAAAAAGCUAUAUUUUCGUUAUCAUUGGAAGGAAUUCUUACAUUUUUCCCUAAUAGUACAUGGAAAGAUAGUUGGAUAAAUGAUGUCGCUGACGAAGCUUUUACAGAUUUGUAUAGAGUAGAAGGAUUACGUGGUAUCUAUAUAGCUUCUAAAGUUAAAGGAAAUCCAAAAUUAGAUUCGAUUGGACCAGAACAUUUAUCAUCGUUGAUUACAUUCGACCAUGGGACAACGUGGAAUAAUAUCAAGCCACCUGUGGCAAAUCAUGAAGGAUUUUACGUGCAUUGCCCGCAAAAAGAAUGUUCCUUGCAUCUGAGUCAAAGAUUUAGUCAAUUGUAUCCUGUUACAAGAUCAGUGACGAUUAUGAGCUCAAAGUCUGCACCUGGAAUUAUAAUGGCCACAGGUGUAGUAGGUACAAGUUUGAAGGGACAUCUUGCACUUUACGUUUCGCGAGACGCUGGUCUUACGUGGAAACAAGUAUUGAAAGAUUAUUAUUUCUUCAAUAUGGGAGAUCAUGGUGGAAUAUUAGUUGCAGUUAAAUAUUUUAAAUCGCGAGGAGAAACGAGAGAUCUUUCCUAUUCUAUCGACGAGGGAGAAACUUGGCAAACGUACGAGUUUCAUGAAAAAAUGCUACGUGUAUACGGACUUAUGACUGAGCCCGGUGAAAACACUACAGUUUUUACAAUGUUUGGUUCAGACAGUAGACAACAUCAAUGGUUAAUAAUUAAAGUUGAUUUGAGAAAUCUAUUUGAAAGAAAUUGCAGAGAAGAUGAUUUUAAAUUUUGGUCACCGACGAGUACGGAUCAGCCAGUAGUAUCGUGCGUCUUAGGAAAAAAAGAAACAUACCAAAGAAGAGCAGCUCGUGCAAAUUGUUAUACAGGUGUAAAUUACGAUCGACCUAUCAAAUUGGAAAUUUGUCCAUGCGAUGCUAAUGAUUAUCAAUGUGAUUUUGGAUUUAUGAAAGUAGGAACUCCGUAUCAUUGUAUACGUAAUAAGACUUUUACCGAAGUCGAUCCGUAUGCAAUUCCCGAUACAUGUAAGCCUGGAAAAUCUUAUAGACGUACGAAAGGAUAUAUUAAAAUACCAGAUGACGAAUGUAUCGAUGGUUUGGCAAGAAAUUUUGAACCAGACGAUAUACCUUGUCCGAUGAAAGAAAUGCCGGAAUUUUUGUUGGUCGCACAACGAGAACAAAUAUCGCGAAUAAAUUUGGUCGAUAAAACAUUCGAAGUAUUACCCGUGUAUGAUUUAAAAAAUGUUAUUGCUAUAGAAUUUGAUCUUAAAAAUAACUGUUUAUAUUGGGCAGAUAUCGUUAAUGAUACUAUUGGUAGACAAUGUCUUAAUGGUUUAAGUUCUCCAGAAAUUCUAGUAGAAACUGAUUUGAGUUCUAUAGAAGGAAUGGCAUUUGAUUGGGUUUCUAAUGUAUUGUACUUUGUGGAUGGUGUUAAGAUGAGGAUUCAAAUUAUUCGAACGGAUUUAUCGUCGAUGGGAAGAAUGCGAAAGACAAUUUUAGGUCCUAAUAAUUUACAAAAACCGAGAGGCAUAGCCGUCCACCCAAUGAUGGGAUACAUGUUUUGGACCGAUUGGGCUCCUGGCAAUGCAUCUGUUUCCAGAGCUAAUCUCGAUGGUACAAAUGUCAAGCGUUUGUUUGUUAAACCAACUGUUGAAUGGCCCAAUGGAAUUACAAUUGAUCAUAUAGCUGAGAGAAUUUAUUGGGUAGAUGCUAGAGAAGAUUAUAUUGGCUUUUCAGAUUUUGAUGGAAAGGGAUUUAAAAAAAUCAUAGAGAGCGAUGAUCGUGUAUCGCAUCCAUUUGCGGUUGCUGUUUUUAAAGACAACAUGUAUUGGGACGAUUGGAAACAAUCAAUGAUAUUUGUUGCUGAUAAAGAUCAUGGAGUUGGUAUAUCGAAUAUAAUUGGUCAGUUGACUGGUUUAAUGGAUUUAAAAGUAUUUGCUCACAGUGUACAAACUGGAACAAACAAAUGUGCCAAUGUUACUUGCCCGCAUAUUUGCCUAGGAGCUCCCGACAAUAGCCAUGUUUGCUUAUGUCCAGAUGGAAUGGUAAUGACAGAAGGCAAAUGUAUGUGUCCUAACGGUGUUAAGCCAUUUGCUAAUUCAACCUGCCCACGAGUGGCAACUACGUGUUCGGCUAAUCAAUUCCCUUGUCACAAUGGAAUAUGCAUACCUAAAUUCUGGAAAUGCGAUGGUGAUAACGAUUGUGGGGAUAAUUCUGAUGAAAUUCAUUGUCACAAGGCUAUAUGUAGUCCGCCUUAUUUCCAAUGUGAUGAAAAUAAGUGCAUUCCUAAAUAUUGGAUGUGCGAUCUUGAUCGAGAUUGCAAGGAUGGAAAAGAUGAAAUGAACUGCAAAUACACGAAUUGCACUAAAUCACAAUUCAAAUGUGACAACGGCCGUUGCAUAUCUCACAGGUGGCGGUGCGAUGGUGAAUAUGACUGUAUAGAUUCUUCUGAUGAGAAAAAUUGUACUACAGAAGUUGUACCAAGUGCUUGCAAAUCUGAUGAAAUUUUAUGCGAUUCGGAUCAUAUUUGCAUACCAAAAACAUGGAAAUGUGACGGGGAGAAAGAUUGCGAAGAUGGUAAGGAUGAGGAAGACUGUAGUACAAUGGAUUGCGAAUCUUGGCAAUUUACGUGCCAUGAACCAAAAAAUGUACAUAGAUGUAUUUACAAAUCUUGGGUAUGCGAUGGAGAUAAAGAUUGUUUCGAUGGAUCGGACGAAUUAAAUUGUAAUAAGACGACUAUUGCACCUCCAAUACCAUCUACAAUAUCACAUACAAAUAAUUGUAUUGAUUGGAUGUUUACAUGUAAUAAUAAAAAAUGUGUACCAUAUUGGUGGAAAUGCGAUAGUGUUGAUGAUUGUGGUGAUGAUUCCGAUGAAAUGGGUUGCGGAGACAUUGAUGUAACAUCAUCCGAAGUUCCAGAAACAACGGAACAAGUUCGUGUAUGUAGAGAUCAUCAGUUCCAAUGUUUCAAUGGUGAUUGCAUUGAGGAUGCAUGGGUGUGUGAUGGAACGACUGAUUGUCUUGCGGGUGAAGAUGAAUUGCAUUGCAAUGUCUUGUACAACGAUUGCGAAGAAGAUCAAUUCAUGUGUCGAAGGGAUGGCUCUUGCGUUCCGCUAUCAAACAUUUGUAACGACGUAGAAGAAUGUCCUGAUGGCUCUGACGAACUUGGUUGUCAUCCUGUUCAGUAUCCAAGUCCAGCUGCAACACCAUCUUGUUACGUUGGUCUAUUCCCUUGCGACGAAACACGUUGUUUCCCUUUGGCGUCUUAUUGUGAUGGUAAUCAUGAUUGUCUAGAUGGAUUUGACGAAAGCAAUUGUGAUAAGAAUAAUUCUCGCAUUUACCAAGUGCUCGUUAUGGGUGUUGAUGAACGUUUGAUCAAUUCUAGUAGUCUUUUCCUUUUCUGGUGGAUACCAAUACCAAAUAAUGUAACUUUCGAAUUUUUACCGUCUAUUGCAAGAGUCGAAGUAGAUGCAAAAUGGACUAAUGCAUCCAAUUGGAUCGAAGACACUGAAUAUUUGUUCACUGGUCUUCAAUCUUAUUCACUUUACAAUCUUACAGUUUAUGUGAGAAUAAAAGGCCAAAAAACUGUCUUCCCACCAGCUAAGUACUUGCCAGUUAUGACAGGAGAAGGUGUACCUUCAGAACCAUGGAACGUAACGAUUACUCAAAUAUCUGGCAGAACUGUUAAAGUUUCAUGGCGAACGCCUUUGCGUCCAAAUGGACCUAUCACUGGAUACGAUUGUUUCAUCUCACCGCCUACACCACCUUUGCGAUUUUCAUGGCAAAAGACUUCUGGAAUUAUAGAUACUUCCUUUGAGAUUUCUCAAAAUUAUUCAUUCUGGGUUGUUGCAAAGAAUAGAGAACACGAAUCAAAUGCUUCGAAAGUCGCUAUAUUUACAUUUGAUGCUGCAGCAAAUAUCGAUGAAAUAGAAGAUUUAAAUGUAACCAAAAUAACCAAUCAUUCUGUAACUUUAACGUGGAAGAAAAUGAAAGAUGCAGAUGGCUAUCAUAUAACUCCGAGAACAAGUUCAUUGCAUCCUGCUUCGAAAACAUUGAUUACUAUGGAAAAUACAAUUGAAGUUAAGAAUUUAGCUCCUGGAGUUAAUUAUUCAUUUGAAGUUGCUGCAACAAGAAAAAAUUACGUGGGCAAAGUAAAUGUUGUAUUUGCUGCGACAAAAGGUGCGCCACUGCCAUUGGUAACAAAGCUUGAUGCACAAUUGGUUAAGCCUCAUGGAACGACGGUUAAACUUACAUGGGAUCCACCGAAAAGUCUUAGAAAAAUUAAAUGGCAGUAUGCAAUUCAUUAUGGUCUCAACAUGCAAGAAUUCUUUAGAGAGUAUAAAUAUCUUACUACAAAUUUGACUGCUACAAUUAAAGACUUAGAAGCUUGCGAGUCAUAUAUUUUUGGAGUUGGCGUCUAUGGAGAUUACGGAGCUGGUCCCUUGAGUCAACCAGUUCCUGUUACGACUCAUUUUAAUGAACGAGCACCGCCAAAAAGAGUUAAGGUAACAUUGUCAAAUAAAAGCGACAGUAUCAUCGUAUCUUGGAGCGCAAGUUGUCCUACGAUCGAAGAACCGAUCGGUUAUACGAUUACAUUAACAGAAUUGACGCUGAAUAAAACAAAAGUUGUAACGCCAUUACCAACGAAUGAGUCAGUUAUGAAACACACGUUUAACAAGAUCAAAUACGGUGGAGUAUACCGUGUCGUAAUUGCAACAGACGUUCCAAAUGCUAAACCUAGUCAGCCAGUAAUUUAUUAUGCACCUCCAAUCUUACCACCUCAUCAAUUAAAAGUAUUGCAUAAAGAAGGAAAUUAUUUUGUGGACUGGACGGAAAGUCAUCAACCUGAACAUAUGACCAAAAUAACCAAUUAUCAUUACGAGAUUUUAGUAGCUGAGGGAACACGAGUAUUAAAUGAAACUAAUGCUCAGAUCUUCAAAGCUGAUCAACCACCUUAUAUAUAUAAAAAUGCAAAACCAGAUAUAAUAUAUACCUUUGCAGUUAGAUUGGUUACCGAGGAAGGAUAUAAAAGUAUAUUGAGUGAAACUCGAAGUAUAGAGAGUCCAACAGCAUGGCCAGUGAUUAUGAAUACAUCGAAUAUCAUAUCCCUCGCAAUACCAAUUUGUCUGCUCGUCAUAGCUCUGGGUUCAGCAUUAGCAUAUUUCGUUGUACGACAUAGAAGAUUGUCUAAUAGUUUCACACAAUUUGCUAACAGUCAUUACAAUACGAGCCGAGGCCAAGCAACAUUCCCUGGUACCACAGAUGGUUUAGAAGAGGAAGAUAGCCCUGUGAUUAGAGGCUUCUCAGACGAUGAGCCAUUGGUUAUAGCAUAAAAACGUAAUAUAUAUAUAUUGUCUGUAUUAUACAUAUAUGACAUACAAUGAUACAUGAUGAUAUAUGCCAACGUUAGGAGAAUGUGCCAAAAUACUACUAAUCUAAUAAAAAUGUUCAGCCUAGGUGAAACUACAAUGAAAGUCAGGAGCUUCUAUAAAAAGCUAUACAAAUAAUUUUAAAUUGAUAAUUUUUUUUAAUUAAUUGAAACGUCUACUAAAUGUUAAAUCAAUCGAUUCGAAGUACAUACAUUGUCUUAUAGAAAUAGAAUAUUUACGUGCAUCUUAAAAAAAUAUCAGAAAUUUAGUACAGCGUAAAACGACGUUUAGUCAUUGGAUCCUAUAUUAAAAAUGUAUGUAUAUAUUAUUAUAUGAAAUAUAAAUAUAUAAAUAUAUAUAUAUAUAUAUACAUAUACAUAUACAUAUACGUAUAUAUAUAAUAAAAUAAAAGAGAGAUCUAACAAAGCAGAGUUAAUAUAAGCUAUAGAAGAAGGAGAAAUAACAAGUAUCAUCUGGAAGUAAAUUGGCGGUGAAAAUUAUUUGUAAAUAGUAAAUAUUUUUUAUGAAAUAUGCAGAUUUAAACAUAUUUUAAAACUGCCAUACAUAAUGCUGUUAUACAUGCUACUAUGUGUAAAUAUAUAGACAUAUGUACAUGUGUGGCAUGUACGUAUAUACAUGAUAUUUA